AUGUCUACAACAAAUACUCACGAAAAUCUGCAAGGUGAUGGAAUCGUAACUAUGCAGCCGGUGAGUGUGCAACAAAUGCAACCCACUUAUGCUGCUGAAUUCCCAAUACGCGAUGAUUUUCAUGGCUUUUAUGGUGGUAUGAUUAAUUUUUUUGGAACGUUUUGUGGUUUCUUAGGUUCAAUUCCUGUUUGUCCUUGUUUUCCCAAUCCUUAUAAAAAAGUCGAACAAGGUUAUGUCGGAUUGAUUUCUCGAUUUGGCAAAUUUUAUAAAUUUGUUGAUCCUGGUUUGGUUAAAGUAAAUGUAUUUACCGAAUCUAUCAUUAGAGUUGACGUUAAGAUCCAAAUCACGGAAAUCCCGCAUCAGUUUAUUAUGACAAAGGAUAACGUAUAUGUACAAAUUGAUUCAAUUAUCUAUUGGCAUGUAGUCAGUCCUUAUCAGGCAACAUUUGGUAUCGCAGAUGUUCGCAAAGCUCUUAUUGAACGCACACAAACUACGCUGCGCCACAUCCUUGGCACGCGCGUUCUUCAAGAAUUCAUUGAAAAUCGGGAAGCCAUCGCCUAUGAGAUUAAAGAGAUCAUCGACAAACCUGCCAAUAAUUGGGGUGUUAAAGUCGAAAGUAUCUUAAUUAAGGAUAUUGUAUUUUCUAAGGAAUUACAAGAAUCUCUUUCAUCGGCUGCUCAGCAAAAGAGAAUUGGUGAAAGUAAAGUUAUUGCUGCGCAGGCUGAAAUUGAUGCUGCUAAAUUAAUGAGACAAGCUGCAGAACUUUUGAACUCACCGGCUGCUAUGCAAAUACGAUAUCUUGAAACAAUGUCAUCAAUGUCCAAAUCUUCAGGAACCAAAGUUAUUUUCAUGCCAUAUAGUACGGAUGGAAGUGUUGCAGGACCUUCUGGAAAUAAAAUUGAUCCUGUAACAGCUUCUGUUUAUCAACAAAUCUCUGAACAACAUUAA